CUGUUAAAUCCCGGAGGAGGGAGGAGCUACAAUAACUGCGGGACAACGUGACAUUUCCGCAUGUCAAUAAAAGUAACUUUGUGAAGUCAAGAGGAAGAUGGUUAAUUUGGAUAUGUGGCUGGUGGCUGCUCUACUGGUUUCACUUAUACAAGUGCCCAAAAGUAACAUGUGAAGAGUUUCGGUCACAUGAUGUCAAGCCUGAAGAGACAUCAGCUGCAAGGUGCUGCCUCCUCUCAAGGAAACAAUACACUUGGAAGUUUUUUUUAACAGCUGCUGAAUCUAAAAAGGUGCAGACUGAGCUGUAAGUUACACAUGUUGAAGUUAAAGCCUCAGUUUGACCUGCACAGAGAUGUGGUGUGUGAUAUCCUCAGGAAGGAGGCGUCGGUCUGCAGGGUGAAAGAAUACUCUGGAGCAGUGGACGCUCGUAUCCUGAACAUUGAGAAAGAUGGGGGCAUUCUUUACUCUUGGAAGGGAGCAACCGGGACCACCAGAAUUGGGAAAUAUGACUCAAACACCAAGCAGAACAAGCUCCUGUACACGUUUGACGAGCAGGUGUGUGUCAGCAGCUGUUCGCUGAACAAGGAGGAGACACUGUUAGCUGUUAGUUUGGCACAAAAUACCAGCAAAGAGGCGCACCUUAAACCAAUAUCCAAGUGUCUAACCCUCCUGAUUGAGAUCUAUCCUAUCAAUAACACUAAAGUCCUUAAGGCAGUGGACUGCAGGGUCAAAGUGCAGUUCCUCCAUUCAGAACCUGACAGGAGAUCAGUGCUGGAGAGCCACCUGCUGCUGCUGACUGAAGAUGGAUAUGUGGAUCUGUACCACGUUCUACUGACCAGACAGGAAGGUUAUAGAGUGGUGAUGGCGAAUCCUGAGCGUUUGUCCAAAACAGUAGAGAGAAUAGUAGAAGACCUCUGCUGGGUCCAGUGGGACGGUCACACACAAAGACUCUACUAUCUCACACACAAGGACAAGUUCCUGCUGCGAUGUGUUCAGUUUUACCCCAACCGCAACUGUGAAACUAUGUUGGAGCUCCCAUUAGAGCUGCCUGCUAAUCCUUUCCGCACAGUCAAGUUUGUAAAUCUGGGUUUUGACCAUUAUCACAUCGAGAAUCCAGAGAAGGAGUUUGCAAGGAUGGAAGUGUUCACCAACAGAAUAGGGAGCAUGUGUGUUUGCUACAGCCAACCUCUUAAUGACAAACAGGAACUGAUCUACAGCGUGGUUUUAGUUCACAAAGACUGCAGCAAGACUUUCAGAGUAACUUUGGGCAGUGACGAGUCACCACAGAAAGCCAUGCAUCUCCAUCCACUCUUCAUCCCCAUAGGUUACUACAUCGUGGUAUAUCUGCAGGGUUAUUUUCUCCACUGUAUCAACACCAGGCAGCAGGAGAUUCUCUGUCACUCCCUCUUUCUCUCUGGUUAUGAUGUAGACUUGGGCCUGCAGUCUCAGUCAGUAAACAUCACAGUGUUGCAUGCAGAGGAGGAGUCCAGCACUGCUCUGUUGGACCUGGCCGGUGGGAAGAUCCACACUGCUGAGCUUAGCCCUGCCUACUUGCUGCAGAUACUGCGAUCAGACACACCCUCUAAGUGUCCCAGCAGUAAGGCUGACCCUCAGCGCCUGGCCGCCCUUCACUGCCUGCUGGUUUACAUGGGAAAUGACCCAAACCUGGAGCUGAAGAUUAUUGAAUGGCUGUGUGACAAUGUGAACACCUUCGAAUCCUUUGAUCAGAUCCAGGAGUUCAUUCUAGCCUCUUUGUACAGAAUAAGCUAUAAGCAGGUGCUCAGCAUGGACAAAGUCCUGCCUUACUCCUCUGUAUUCGACAAGAAGGAGGUACCAGCAUGUCUAUCGGAGGUACCUGGUGUGUUGUGUACGACUGAAAUGCAUACUGAGUCCGUCUUCAAAGACAAGGCCAGGAGUCUCCAGGGUUUCUGGUCAGAGCUGCAGUGGAACACGGAUAGGACAAAAUAUCUGGAAGCUGUUCCCAACCCCAGAUACAGAACCUCCCACAUACAGGCCGACUGGGAUAAACUGAGGUCCGAGAGGAGACCGUCCAGCCACAUGAAUCACAUGGAAGAGAACACAAAGAAAGUUCUAUCAAUGGUGGACACCUGGUGUCUUGAUAAGAAGCUGGUGCCACUUUUCCAAGAGGAGGACCGCCAACAGAGGGUGCUCAUAGGCCUGACAGUGGACAAGCUGCGAGAGCAUCUCAACAGACACGUGCCUCGAUUGGGGAAGAAGAAGAUCGACUCCCUGGUUGUCAGCUAUGUAGCCAAACUGCUGGAGCUCAUCAGACACAUGCUGGAGUCAGUCUGGCUGAAGUACAAACUGGGCCCCCGUGUUUUGUGCCUCACACAGCAGGGCAGUCCAGCAGAAUGGUCCGUGUUUCACUUCAUGUUUCGGAUCCUGGAAGCCACGAGGGGUCUGUGCCUGCCCCUCCCACCUGGCUAUCACACCCUGUUAGCAGUGUUUGCUGUGCGUUGCCUCCCUCGUCACACCUUCCUGCAGUACAUAGACCACGGUUUCCUGCAGCUCACUGAAACCUUUGUGUCUCGGCUCAUGACAGAUUUGGACAACAGUGAUGCCAACGAGAAACUGAAGUUCAGCAUACUCAAGAGGCUCCCUGAGCCUAUGGAGCAGAGGAUCUACCAUAUGUGGGAUCAUCCUGUCAGUUCAGCUUCGAUCUCCAGAGAUUAUGUUAAGACUUUGCUUGAGAAACGCAACAAAAACAAGGGCUUUGCAUUCACCAGCAGAGACAAGCCAGGCUUCAGACCAGAGUUUCUGCCUCUUACCUACCUGGCGAAAAUGCUCUCUGAUAUCGAGGAACAAGCCUUGAACCCGUUCGAGGAGCAGGAGAACGUGGACGCCAGGUUUGUGGAGGAGACGGCUCUGAAACAGACACUUAUCCUGCUGGGCUUUGAGGAAAAAUGAAGAAUCGGGAGGAAAGGUGGAGAGAGGAUGGAUGGAUUGAAGGGGAGAAACAGAUGAGGGGGAAAAUGUGUUUGAGAGAGCAGUCAUUGACUGGGCCUUGAGGACAAGUAACAGAUGGGUGGAUGACGGAGGGCGAGGAGUGAAAGAUGAAUGGAAAGAUUGAAAGGCAAGGCGCUCAUAAACAAGCUUUCACUGUUUGCUGACAAAUUAGGGUAGGAUGAAGGGAUAGAUGGAUGGAGACACCCAAAAAGGAAAGGCGGUGAGGAACACCCCGCUUCAGACCGUUUAUAAACUACCAAAACUUUAAUACAAUAGGGAACACAGAUCUUCAAUUUAAGGAAACAUGCUUUUAAGUUGUUUUUUUUAUUGAAAAUCAAUAACUGUAGCUAUUCACUGCAGCUAUUUAUAUUAACUCGAUUUCUGUAGCAGCAACAAUUCUCUCCCAUGUCUCCGCAACUUCUCCACAUUCUCUCCUAUACAAUUUAUGAACAUAGGUGUUUUAUACUGCAAACGGUAUUUAUAAAUCAAAACGCACUUGUUUAUCCUCCUGUGCUUCCUGUAUUGCUGCACCCCAUCAACUUGAUUACAUGCUGACAAAAGCUUUGCAGACACAGUAGCUUGAUUCAGUUGCUCGGUGGCUGCUGUGCAUUAAAUCUGAUUUUGACUUUUUAAAGGGGCUUAGGGAUAACUCAGCGGGACUAACUGGCACUUUUAAAGUGCUAAAUUACAGCCGGAUAUUUAGCUUUUGUAAACUGAAUAUACAAAUGAACAGAUACGCUGAUUAAUACUUCGUACCAAAUAUAUAUGAGAUUAUGUGAUGAGUGGCAGAUGAGGUAGACGGAUUUUCAAGAUUUGACAUAUUUUCGAUGUGGAUUAAGCAAAACUGACUGCAAUUUAUCAUUAUGAAGAUGUCAUGUUGACAUUCGUAUGAGGGAAAAUCACAUAUGUUAGCUGAGUUUCAGUAAAGCACAAACAAUACCUGACUUUGAAACGUUUGAAAUGUUUUAGCCAAAGUUCUCAAAUGUUAAAUGUUGUAUGAAGUUUGUUUAAGAUUCUGAUUUAAACUGAGACUAAACUUUAUAAAGAAUAAAUAUUCUUACUCUUAUACAUAAAAAGUGGAAUUCAUAAGCAAUAAAACACAUUCUCGCUUGAUUCAACACACUCAGGGGUUUUUCGUCUAUAAUGGCAUUACUGAGCCCACUCUUCUCUACUUUUGCUAGUGUUACAUUAUGUUUUAGCAUUUUAGCAUUUACCAUUACCCUGUAAUUGUCACCUGUGGUUGUGGCAGCUGUUCAGUAAAAGUUAUACAGGCUCACUUUAAACAGAAACUAGCUACUCAAAGAACAAAAUGCAUUGCCUGAUAAUAAUACCAGGUUUUGGUCCUUGACAGCUGUCAAUACUCUGUGCUGCUGACACAUUUUAGUUAGUAUCAAAAAGGUAUUCAUGUUCCAUUACUAACCCUACUUAUAAUUUAGGUUAUAAAUAAUGAAAAAGGCAGUUGACUUUGUUUAUAUAGCAAAAAUCAAUCUACAAAAUGCUGUAAAAAGCAUGAAACCAAACGAGACAGUGCAGGGUUAAUAAUGUGAACUGAAAUAAAAAAACAAAAAGAAAAGACGCCAACAUUGCUUAGCUGUCUGCACACAAACACACACACACACUCAAAUGUCUGGUUUAAAUAAGGUGGCCGUGUGCCCUCAAUCAUGACGGAGCUUUUACUGUAAGUGGUGAAGUUACAGUGGGGUGUGUGUGUGUGUGCAGUAUUUGUUCAUAAUCCUUCUUAUAGUGUCUGAAUGUUGGCACCCUAUGCCCCAUCUAAGACUAAAUACUACAUAUUUACAUGUCAUGUCAUAUGAUUUGAGAAGUAAAACAUUCCUCUAAAUAAAGGGAUUUCUUAAUCACUCGUUUCUUAUGUUUACAUAAAGAGUUUUGUAUGAUGAAUUGUAAAUAAAGAGAUUUUUUUUU